AUGGACUGCUCCACGAUGGAAAAGGCCACCAUUAGCCAAGCCGAACGGGAAGAAGGCUCGCCAAAACCCACAUCGGGUCUCCCAGCCUACAGCGCCCAACCCAAGCCUGUCCCAUUCCUCGGCGCCUCCGGCCAGAACCCAUGGAAUGACAGCGGGUACGCGUUCCCAGCAAGCACCAACGUUAUGGACCCAACGACUAUGCCUAGCGAGAAGGCGGAGGCGGCGAGGCAAAGGGCCGCAGAGAUCAUGGCGGCGUUGAAGAGUGGCCACCCAGGCGCCGCUGACGUUGCUAUGGGCAAAGCUCCAGCAAACUCGUCUAGCGGUCUCUUCGGCUUACGCAUGCUCAAGCACAAGGUGACUACUGGCAAGCCUAAGGACAGGAAGCAGAAGCAAGAAGAUACUGUUAUCCGUUGA